CUCUAAGCUGGAGGGUGGGGUCGAUCGGAAAAGCUUCUGUUUGUAUUGAUAGAGAAUUGAAGCUUUAUGCAUUUAAACACACAGUUCAUGCUGUUAAACAGAUAACACACCGACAGUGGAGCGGGUAAAGUCAGAGUAAGGUUGUCACCUUGUAUGUGUGCGUGUGGAGUAGCUGAGAGAGGUGCUUCAAAAUGUCGACCAACAAGAGCAAAAACCAGAGCUCACUGGCGUUACACAAGGUCAUCAUGGUAGGCAGUGGUGGUGUAGGAAAAUCUGCCCUCACCCUCCAGUUUAUGUAUGAUGAGUUUGUGGAAGACUAUGAGCCCACAAAAGCCGACAGCUAUCGAAAGAAGGUGGUACUGGAUGGGGAGGAGGUGCAAAUAGAUAUUUUGGACACAGCUGGACAGGAGGACUAUGCGGCCAUCAGAGACAAUUAUUUCCGCAGUGGAGAGGGCUUUCUGCUGGUCUUUUCCAUAAUGGAGCAAGAGUCUUUUACAGCUACAGCAGAGUUCCGGGAACAGAUACUGCGUGUUAAAGCAGAGGAGGAUAAGAUUCCUCUGCUGUUGGUGGGGAACAAGUCUGAUCUGGAGGAGCGCAGGCGGGUGUCAGUAGACGAUGCCAGAAAAAAGGCAGAGGAGUGGGGUGUGCAGUAUGUCGAGACCUCAGCUAAAACACGUGCCAACGUAGAUAAGGUAUUUUUUGACCUGAUGAGGGAGGUGCGAGCCAAAAAGAUGUCAGAAAAUAAAGACAAAAAUGGAAAGGGAAAGAACAAGAACAAGAGGAGCUUCAAAGAACGAUGCUGUUUACUUUAAACUCCAGCUGGACUUUCCGAGCCAAAUCCUCAUUUUUCGGAAAAUUCAUUUUUCAUAAUUAAACUAUGAAUUAGCAGUG